GGCCCAGCCCUGAGAGAGUCCUAGGAGAGGAAGCAGCACAAAGAAGAAGGAGUUCAUCACAUCACCAUGUCCUGGCCUCUAGUGCUACUGGUUGUCUUCACCCACUGUGCAGGCUGUGGCUCUCAGCCCCUGCUGAACCAGCCACCAUUCGCAUCUGCGCCCCUUGGAACGACAAUCCAUCUGGCCUGCACCCUGAGCAGAGACUACGAUGUCAGCAUUUAUAACAUCUACUGGUACCAGCAGAGGCCUGGCCACCCUCCAAGAUUCGUGCUGAGAUAUUUCUCCCAUUCUGACCACAACCAAGGCUACAAGAUUCCCCCUCGCUUCUCUGGAUUCAAAGAUGUGGCCAAGAACACGGGGUAUUUGAGCAUCUCUGGGCUGCAACCUGAGGAUGAGGCUAUGUAUUACUGUUCUGUGGGAACCCAGGUCUUCAAUAAGGAUAAGGAGGUGAGGGGAGAGAGGAGGGAAGAAAAGGAGCCUGCAGUUCUGGGGUCCCAGGCACCUCCAGACACACUUACCUUGAACUAGAGACCAAAGGGCACACCUCAGAGAGGGGCGACUAUGAACUAUGAGGGUGGGCUGUGGGCUUCACAGGGCCAAGGAGAAAGCCACUCAGCUUCUUUCUGUCCAGCAGGAUUGUUCAGACACCACGAAUGUGGGAUUAGGGGAUUAAAGUUCCUUGUCUCUUGAGAA